AUGGAAACUCUCAUCCUCCUCGUCCUCUGUUCAUCGCCGGUUUUCAUCUCCCUUCCGCCAGCAAGCGCCAAACUAGCCGCAGUAAUCAAGGACGACCAGACAUUGCCGGCAGCGCCACCGAAUGUCGCCUGCUCAAUGUGCUAUUACUGCAACAAUCCAUGCCUUCCACUCCCAUCUCCUCCACCGCCGGUGAUCGCACUGUCCGCCGCCGCCGCCGCCCCCCCGACGCCUAACUUACCGAUCUAUUACUACUCUCCGCCGCCGCCAACAUCGUGGCAGCCAUCAGGCGGCUCAGUAUACGCUCCCCCGCUUCAGCCGGACGUCGGCGGCGGAUCCAUUUGCGGGAGUUGUAAUGCUUACGGCGGAAGCGGUUACCAAACUCCGCCGCCGCCGAACCCCAUUCUGCCGUACUAUCCGUUCUAUUUUUACAGUCCACCUCUCGCAGGGGAAUCCGCUGGGAACCGUCGGUGGAUGCCUCUGCGUUAUUGCUCCCCUGUUCUGCUUCUUUUUCUAGCGUUUUUCUUCUCUUAAUUGAUAUUAUGACUGUUUUUUCUUUUUCAUAAGAGAAGAAUGGAAUGAUUCAAUUGAAAUUUUCUUA